AUGAUUCAACCUCCAUUUGAUCAGUUUCCGUCUCUGACGGCACCCGCCACCACCUCUUCGGUGGCGCCCAUUCCCACUGUAGUGCCAGGGUCUGAGGUCUACCAGAACCUCCACGAUGUGGGAAAGCGGACUCUUUGGGUUGUCACUGUGUUGAUGGGCAUCUCCUCGCUGGUGUUCUAUACUCUGGCUGCCCGAGCUCCACUUCCCAAGAGAAUCUUCCAUAUUCUAACAUCCUUAAUAACCACCAUCUCCUUUAUUACCUACCUCGCUCUUUCAACAGGCCAAGGUAUCACAUUCCAACACACCACAAUCCACGAAUCACACAAGCAUGUCCCGGACACACACACAGAUUAUGUGCGACAGAUCUUGUGGCUGCGCUAUGUGAACUGGGCACUGACACUGCCCCUUCUGUUCAUCAACUUCGCCCUGAUCUCAGGCCUGCCGGGUGCAAAUCUGCUCGUUGCUAUUGUCGCCCAGCUGAUCGUGCUCGCAACCGGUCUACUCGGCACAUUUGCAAUUCACCAACGUGAACGCUGGGUCUGGCUGACCAUCUCGUGUAUCUCCUAUUUGGUUGUGAUUCACCAUGUGGGCUUCCACGCGCAACGGGCCGCAAGGGGCAAAGAUGCACAGACAAGACGGUUCUUUGGUUCUGUCUCUGGUUCGGCGAUUGCUGUACUGGCAUUGUUCCCUAUUUCCCUCGCAGCCGGUGCACUUGCGCUCAGGCUAAGUGUUGAUACAGAGACCAUUCUCUUCGCGGUGCAGGAUGUCUUUACCCAGGGUAUUCUUGGGUACUGGCUCUUAUUUGCUCAUGAUAGCUCCCCCGGAAUUACUCUCUACAUGGAAGGAUUCUGGUCGCAUGGCAUUGGCAACGAGGGUGCUAUUCGGAUUGCCGAUGAGGAGGGUGCGUAA